CUUUCGCAAAGUCUCAAACAAGGCACGGCCGUGGCACACCAAGCCGCGGAAGAUGUACACUUUGUCCGCAACUUUAUCCGAGGCCAGAUUGAUCGGGACGUGUACGCCCGAAUGGUGGUGUGUCUGUACCACGUGUACGAGGCUCUUGAAGUCGCCCUCGAUGAACAUGCUCCCCGCUGUUUCCCAUCCCUCCAUUUUCCUACGCAACUCCGACGCGUCCCGGCCCUCGCCGAAGACCUGGAUUUUUGGGUCCGCGGUGGUGAAAAUGCCGUUGUCAACGAGAUAACCCCCGCAACGCAAGACUACGUCGACCGAAUUCGCCACAUUGCCCGAACGGACCCCGUGCUCUUGUUGGCCCAUUCCUACACACGCUACCUGGGGGAUCUGUCCGGGGGCAAGAUCCUCGCUCGUGUCGCUAAACGCGCCCUCCAACUCGAUACAGACGGCCUCGCCUUUUACGAAUUCCCCCAAGUGCCUAGUCUCAAACUCUUCAAGGACGAAUACCGCCGCGCGCUGGACGACAGCGAAUUGCGACUCACGCCCGCACAAAGGCAGCACCUCGUCUCGGAAGCCAACGUGGCAUUUUUACUCAACAUGCGCAUCUUUGAAGAACUCGAUGUC